AUGUAGGGCUUAGCUGGAGCUGAAAAUUCAUCAGACACUCAAAGUGCCGUCAUUUUGCAAAUGGAAAAGAAACUUAAUCCCUCCGUCUACUGGAGAAGAUUCUGGAAGCACGACAAAUAUUGCAUGAUCUCCUCCAAUCAGUACUGGGACUGGCUCACUUACAUCGAUGAUGAUUACUUGACUGAGUGGGAGGUAUUAAAGAUGAAGGAACUCUACUUUUGGCAACUUCAAGAAAUGUCAGGACAAGCUGUUUGCCAUGUUAUUAUCGGUUGGGGUCUUACUUUCCCAUUGAUGGGACCAAUUGUUAAAUCAUCCGCUCACGGAUGGUACUUGAGAAUGCCUGUUGCAAUGACAUUCGCCACCUUCUUGAGUGUGCAAGCAUCUAACUGGCAAAGACCUUCCAAAACCUUCCAUGAAAUUAUGGCUCAACCUGCUCCUCAUGGUGGUUAUCUAAGAAAGACACUCAAAGAGCAUUUCCCAGUAUGGUGGUACGAAACCAGCAGCCAAUUAGCUGAAAACGGAUACUCACUUCCAGAGAUGAACGAGUAUGAUAAGGCUACAAUUAUGCCACAUACUCACACCAAGUUCGAUAUUAUAAAUUUAAUGUCUUCUAUUCUUGAUCGACUAGCAGAUAUGACAGCUAGUCCUAUGUUCAGCUCUCUUGGGCUUUUCAUUCGAAUCAUUGGGCCAAUAUUUGUAAUGACUUUCUAUGCAUUAUUGAGUGUGCAUGUAUUCGCCUACUAUGAGGUCAUACUGACAGUCCUAAAAAAGAGACUUGGAGUGAGUUUCGGACUUUUAUGGAUCGGAAUCGGAGUUUGCAUUCUCUAUAAUAUAGUUUUCAAUCACUUUUUCGCUAUGGUCAUCAAACCAGGGAGUCCCACUGAGUUAAAAGAAAUUGAGAGAAUGAGAAAAGAGCUGAAGGAUAGAGAAUCUAGAACUGAAGCAGUGAAAACUGUUGAAUAGAAUGGCAAGAUAAAGUAUGUGGAAGAUGACAGAUACGAGGGUGUAUCAAAAGAUGUCAAGAAACUACUGAGAUAUCGCAGUAAAACUGUAUCUUAGCUAGAAGCAUGCUGGGCUAAAAAAUGCUCCUCCUGCGAUUUCAUUAAGCCAAUCAGGACUUAUCAUUGCUCAGUCUGCGAUAAAUGCAUAUUCUUAAUGGAUCACCAUUCUCCUUGGGUUAAUAACUGCCUUGGACUAGAGAACUAUAGAUACUAUCUACUCUUUAACUUGUAUCUUUUAGUGGGCUUAUGCUUUAACUUGAUUACAAUAUUCGCCAUUUGGAACCAUCAUGUCUAUAGAGAUAAUUCAGCUAUGAUGAACUUUAUCAUAAUUACUGAUGCUGCCCUCGCAAUGAUUGUUGGAGGCUUCAAUGCAUGGAACUGGUUCAUGGCGAUGUCAGGCUAAUCUACAGUUGAAAUGUGGGCUACUAGCUAUAGAGGAGGAGUGACAAAGUACGACUUCUAUUUCAGAAAUAUUCAGGAUAACCUCUACAAGAUAUUUGGAACAUAUAACCCUUUCGCUAUAUUAUCCCCAUCAUUUAGAAAUGUACCUUUUACUGGAAUUGAAUGGAGUUUCCAACUAAGAGAUCUAGGAUAUAAUGAGAAAGGAGAAUAGGGAAAGACCAACUUCGAUGAGGAAGAGAGCAUAAUAGAAGAUGAGGUGUAAGAUAAUUCAAUGGAAAUGACUACUGUUUCUCACAGAUCAACUGCAAAGGAUACUCUUGACUCAAUUGAUUCAUCUAUUACUUUAUGA